GUUCAUCAUUCUUUUCUGCAGAGAAAGGCUGUGAAGAAGGUUUCUGGAGACUGCUUUUUUUCUGAAUCUCAUCGGAUAGAGGCAUCUCUUUUGCAGAAAUGUCGUCUGAUCUCAAUACCGGACUGUCUAAGAAAACACAUAUUUUCAAUCUUAGUGUGUGGAUGUUACUAGCAACCUUUGUGGGCGUAUUUAUUGUAAUUAUUCUCUUGAUUCUAUCAUUUUGUCUUUCAAGAAAGAAAUCUAGAAGGGCUAGUGAUAUACUUCCUGUUAGCCAAAUCCCAACUGUAUCAAAGGAUAUUAAAGAGAUAAGGGUCGAUCAGAAUUUAGCUAACAACUUUGUUGGCUAUGAUGACAAGUCCAGCUACAAAGAUUCAGACACGCUUUUGGUGCAUUCUAGUAUUGAGAAGGCAAAAAAUCUUGAUAGUAGCAGUCAGUCAGGCUCGUUUAACUAUUUAGAGAAAGAUGGAGUUGGAUUGGAAUCAGGAGAAAAGGGAAGCAAUGGAACGAUAAAUAUGUACCAGCCUUCUUCACAUCCCAUUAGUGUUUCUUCCCCUCUAUCUGGUCUACCUGAGUUCUCUCGCCUUGGAUGGGGUCAUUGGUUUACAUUAAGGGACUUAGAAACUGCAACAAGUAGGUUUUCAAAGGACAAUAUUAUUGGUGAGGGUGGAUAUGGAGUUGUUUAUAGGGGCCAUCUGAUUAAUGGAAUUCCUGUGGCUGUGAAGAGGCUCCUCAACAAUCUGGGGCAGGCAGAGAAGGAAUUCAGUGUUGAAGUUGAGGCUAUUGGUCAUGUGCGGCAUAAAAACCUAGUUCGGCUUCUGGGUUACUGUAUUGAAGGAACACACAGGUUGUUAGUUUAUGAGUAUGUCAACAACGGCAAUUUGGAGCAAUGGCUUCAUGGAGCUAUGUGUCAACAUGGAUAUCUUACUUGGGAGGCCCGCAUGAAAGUUCUCCUUGGCACUGCUAAAGCACUUGCAUACUUGCAUGAGGCCAUUGAGCCAAAAGUUGUGCAUCGGGAUAUUAAGUCCAGCAAUAUACUAAUUGAUGAUGACUUCAAUGCUAAACUAUCUGACUUUGGUCUGGCAAAGUUGCUGGGUGCUGGAAAGAGUUAUAUUACAACCAGAGUUAUGGGUACCUUUGGAUAUGUGGCUCCAGAAUAUGCAAAUAGUGGCCUCCUCAAUGAGAAGAGUGAUGUUUAUAGUUUUGGAGUUGUGCUCUUAGAAGCAAUUACUGGAAGAGAUCCAGUUGACUAUGGACGUCCCGCACAUGAGGUAAAUCUGGUUGACUGGCUCAAGAUGAUGGUUGGCAGCAGGCGCUCAGAAGAAGUUGUUGACCCAACCAUCGAAACCAAGCCGUCUGCAAGUGCCCUUAAACGAGCCCUUUACACUGCUUUGAGGUGUGUAGAUCCAGACGCUGACAAGAGACCUAACAUGGGUGAAGUUGUCCGCAUGCUUGAGUCAAACGAAUAUCCCAUACGACGAGAGGAUCGAAGACGCCGAAGGAAUCAGUCAGGGCCCAAAGAAGCGGAGUCUCAGAGGCAUAGCGUAGUCUCAGAGGCAGAAUUCUGAUGAAUGACAAUGCGGAAUUGAGGUCAGAAAGCAAAAAGAACAACCAGGCCAGGCGUAAGCAAGUAUGCAAGCCACUUACUUAUAUAGUCCACAUUUUUUCUACCUUUGUGAGUUCAAGAUGAGUUCGAAGGCAGGCAGUGGAAGCAAGUCAUAAAGGAAUAGCAUUGAUAUAUGUCUUUUGGUUUCUUAUUCCCAAAUUAUAGAUGUUGGAGACAAUGUGACGGUUGUGCAGAAAGGAAUGAUAGAAUAUACCACCACAGCUAGUAUUCUGUACAUGUCUUUUUUUUCUCCCUGUAUUUCAUUUUCCCCACCGUAGGUAGUUCUUGGUAAUUCACAUGAGCAUUAUGAAAGGUUGUGUAAGAGGUUUGAUUUUGCAAUUG